CAAGUUGUUCAACGACAUUCCGGUGUCAAAAUACCCUGGUGACGGAAUGCAAAUAGCGUCUGUUGUAUCCACGGCAACCAGGACUCUCUAAUACUGCACACCUGGAUUGGAUAAAAAUUCUGGGAAACUGAGCAUUGUUUUUACUUAUUUGCUAAUGUAAGGGGCAUUUGAUGUUUCAAGAAAAAACAUCCAUGUCGCCUAUAUGCCCGACUAAGGGUAUUUAAUGAAGCAAAAAUCGUAUUUCAGCCCAUCAAAAUCAACUUUCUACUGCUAGUUUGCGAUGCUGGAGGAAGGUUGAAUCACAGGUUACUCAUGGGGAAUGUUGAAAAUGUCCAAUCCAGUAAAAAAAGUGAGACAAGGAGAAAAAUUGCCCCUGAAAUCCAGAGGAAUCCAGAGCAAGGCAUCUCAUGAUCUCAGGAGGCUUCAGUCCCUGCUUGCCAAAAGCAUUCCCAGACACGAGGUGGCAGCGUUGAGUCACAGUAAAGCACGCAGCAGUGGAGCCAGCAAAUGUCAAGGCCUGCAUACUCCAAAAGAUACCAACAGACAGAGGAGUGAGAGCGACGCCACCAGUGAAGCCUCUGAACUGGAAAAAUUCAGCAUCACAUACAAAGACCAAAGAUGUUUCAGCAGCCACCCACUGCACAAACUCUUCUCUGACAUCCUUGCGUCUUUGGUCAAAAACAGACUCUGCAGUGAAUGGAUUGACCAUGCACUGCCUGAGUCUGUCCUAAGAGUUCUGAUCUGCCUACGAUUAUUGAUCAGAGAUCCCAACCAUCAGAAAAUCCUCCAUCAGCUCCAAGGCAUCAAUUCACUUGCCAGGUAUAUGGAGCAUGUCACUGCCGUGUACAUAUCUUGCGGCGAACAGGCGUUUGCUGUGCAGAAGCUGGUCACGAUGACCUACAUGUUUCAAAAGCUGUCUGCCGUCGAAGAUCAAAGGGUCUGGGUCAUCGAGAGCGGUGCUCACAGGACACUGGUGAAGCUCCUCUCCACAACAGAAAGCAGUGUGCUGCUGGGAGCCCUGCUGGCACUCACCACUUUGGCUGAGAGCCCAGAAUGCAAGGAGGAGAUUGGCAAGCUUCCCGUGGUGGAGAACCUACUUGUAAUACUGCAGGAAUAUGACCUGCUGUCAAAGAGGAUGAGUGCUGAGCUGCUGAGGCUCCUGUCCCCGGUGUGGCAGGUGAGGGACCAGCUGAGGGAGCUGGAGGGUCUGCCUGUGCUGCUGAGCCUGCUGUACGGCCAGCACCUGAAGCUGCUGUGGAGCGUCGCCUGGGUCCUGGUCCAGCUCUGCCAGGAUCCCGACGCCAGGACGGAGAUCCGGAGCUGGGGCGGGGUGCAGCAGCUUCUCCGGCUGCUCGACAGUGACCGGCAGUACGUCUCUGACAACUCGUCCAUCGAGACGCUCUCCAGCGCCAACGCAGUCGGCCGCAUCCAGAGAGAGCACAUGAGAGAGGAGCUCAGCCCGCAGGAGGAGGUGGACAACACUAUGGCCCUGCAGUCAGCCUGCUGCACAGUUCUGACUGAGCUUAGUCUGGAUGACACAUCUGCUCACCACAUUGUGCAGGAAAAUGGGGUCUAUAUAAUCACAAAGUUGAUUUUACCUCAAAACUCUGGACCAAAGGUCACACCUUUGCAGUGCUAUGCGUUUCGAACCCUUCGGUUUCUCUUUAGCGUGGAAAGAAACAGACAUCCGUUUAAAAGACUCUUUCCCACAGACCUCUUUGAGUUGUUUAUUGAUGUUGGACAUUAUGUGCGGGACCUCGCGGCCUACGAGGGACUGCAAACCAAAGUUUCACUUUACACUGAAGAGGAACUGGACAGUCUGAGAGAGAACAUUGAGACUGUGGACCAGAACCGACCUCCCCUUAAAGUCAUCAAUGGUUACUCCAUACUGGAACAUCUGGGCACCGGCGCCUUUGGAAGCGUCUUCAAGGUCCGAAAGCAGAGUGGCCAGAACCUCCUGGCUCUGAAGGAGGUGAACCUCCAUAAUCCGGCGUUUGGCAACGACAAGAAGUCCAGAGACAGUAACGUGGAGAAAAUCAUCUCUGAGCUCACGAUCGUCAAAGAACAGAUGACACACCCAAACAUUGUUAAAUACUACAAGACAUUUUUGGAAGGCGACAAGCUGUACAUCGUGAUGGAGCUGAUCGAGGGAGUGCCGCUGGCUGAACAUUUAAACUCUCUGAAGGAGAAGCAGCAGACGUUCACAGAAGACAGAAUUUGGAAUAUAUUCAUACAAAUGUGUCUGGCAUUGAGGUACCUGCACAAGGAAAAGAGGAUAGUCCACCGCGACCUCACACCAAACAACAUCAUGCUGGGGGAAAAGGACAAAGUCACCAUCACUGACUUCGGCCUCGCGAAGCAGAAACAGGAGAACAGCAAGCUAACGUCAGUGGUCGGCACCAUCCUUUACUCCUGUCCAGAGGUGGUGAAGAACGAGCCGUACGGAGAGAGAGCCGACAUCUGGGCUUUGGGCUGCAUCCUCUACCAGAUGGCUACUUUACAGCCUCCAUUCUACAGCAGUAACAUGCUGUCGCUGGCCAGCAAGAUUGUCGAGGCCGCCUACGAGCCGAUUGAAGAAGGAGCUUUCUCAGUGAGGGUCACAGACAUGAUCAGAUGGUGUUUGAGUCCAGAUGCAGACCUGCGGCCGGACAUUGUGGCCGUCAGCUCCAGGAUAUCCGACCUCAUGAUGAGGCUGAUGGAUGGACUCUACACUUCCCAGAAUGCACUGGAAAGAAGAGCAGAGAGAGACAGGAAGCGAGCGCAGAAGUACUUCCUGGAGAAGCACAAAAGCAGGAUGGACUGCAGCCACACAAACCUGUCUCAGGAAAAAUCCUUAAUGAAUACUGAAUCUCCGACACCACGCUCUUCUGCAGCCUGCACUUCAAACCACAGCGAGCAGAAUAUCAGUCAAGAUGAUGCCUCAGAUGGUGAUGCUGAACCAUGCAACACCAACAUGGACACCACUGCCUUUACAGGAAAACACUACAGAUUAAAGUCCAGUGCUUGUUUUACACCUGACCACAUUCAAUCUGGUGGGGAUUAUACUGCUGCAAAGAUUAAACCACGACCAGUGUCAGCAGGGAUCUGUGUCUCCCAGAAUAAGGUUCGGCAGAUUGAUGAUCCCAUUCAGAGGCUCCUCGUGCAGCUGCACAAAAUUAUUUACAUCACUCAGCUUCCACCAGCUCCGCACCACAACAUCAAACGACGGAUCAUUGAAAGAUUUAAAAAGUCUCUGUUCCACUACUGGAGCGAUCCAUACAACCUCAAAGUGGAGCUCAGCAAGCUCCUCCACUCCUCUCCAGAGCUGAUGGAGUUAGGCUCAAGCAGUUCAGACUGGUGGCCUCUGGUCCACCACUUCACAGGAGACGCUGCUGACAGCACGGGUGAUGGGAAUCUCAAAGAUGGAGUCACAUAUCAGCAGAUGCAGGGGAUCAUAGAGGAGCUGCUGGAGGACAACAGCUACUAUAAAAGCAACACACAGCAGGACAGCAGAGAAAAGAAAUGAGCAAGAAAACAAGUGACUAUGGUCCACAUUCAUCAUCAGAAACAGCUGGAAAAACACAUUUUAUUUUGCACCAUUUGCAUCAGCCUGAGUUCACAAAAAUACUGUCUGUGCUCUUGUAAUGUAUUAACUUUAACUGAAUCUUCUUAAUACCCAAUGUAUAAUUGUUUUUACAUAACUUAAAAAAUUCAAAAAUGAACAAAAUGUAUGGGCACUUAAACUAUUGAAAACUUAGCUUAGCUAUUGUUGUGAUAAGGCUGCUGACAGCACUAUAGGGCUUAUUGUCAUUGAUUGUGGUGAUCAUUUCCUCAGGGAACCAAUUAUUUAUUUGGUCUAUAACAGUGAAAAAUGUCUGUCACUGUCUCCUACAGUAAAGCCCAACAAUAUUGAAUGUUGCAGAUUAUUUGGGAGUUUAAAAUUUGAUGGGACUGUAAAGAUGUAAAGAUAAUUUAAUAUACGUAUAUUGCAUGUAAUUGUAACAAAGUGUAAACCUAAUUAUCAUUUCUGUCAGUUGAGCCCAUGAGAUCCUUCUCUAAUCAAAGUGAACUGGCCUGUAACUUGCAAAAACACACACACACACAGAACCACUUUAACACCAACACUAUCCAGAUAUUUUUUAUUUAUUUAUUUUUUAUCUGUGGGGCUCAGGCGCUCAGUUUUGUUUUUUCAGGUUUAUCUGUCUCUAGCAUGUUACAUUCUCAGGACCAGACUCAGCAGUUUGAGGUUUGGCCUGUUUUAACAGGACUGCACAUCCCAGAAUGUUUCAAAUGGCCGCGAGCCAAAGCUGCAAAAGCUACGGUUCAUCAAGGAGCAGAUAAGAAACCAAACCUUCACCUUAAUUCAACAUUCAUUUUUAACCAUAAUCACAAUGUCUGACUGCAGCUUCGGCAGACAACGAAAACAGGUCAAAUGUUUUGAUUUUGAUAUUAACACGCUCUCUGAAAUACGGUUAUCAUUUCCAAUGUGAGUAACAUCUAAAAUAUACUCGCUGUAUGUAAUUCACUCAACGUUUCUCAUUUUGAAGAGUGGAGGGCAGCUGAAGGAAUGCUUUAUGCACUUUAAA